UGAGAGCACAGAGAGGACGACUCAUACUGCUGCUUCUGUUGUUACUGAAUUAGUAUUCUCCCGGAUAACAUAUUUUUUCCCGGAAAAUUUAGGAAAAAAUGCGGAAUUCCGAUGACAUUCGUAAUCUCCCCAUAGACAUUGCGUUCUCUCGUCUUGGAGAGUGGCUGGUUGAUCGCAAGAGAGUACCGAAUGAUUGGCGGAAGCGAUUGGCCGCCAUUAGAGUUCUCAUAGCUAAAGAGUUUGCUUCACUUCCUAAGGAUAUUGAUCCCUAUUUCCAGACCUUAGAUUCUGAAGGAAUAAGUUACUUAGAGGUCAAAAAAAUAUAUGAGAUUCUUCUCAAGACCACUCCUGAAAGCCGGAAUAUAUUUGGUCGGCUAUCAGGCGCUGCUGGGGCAUGGGAAGCAAUUGUGCGUUCUUUUGAAAACGAUUACAUUUAUCUUGGUGAGGCUGCUCAAAUAAUGGUCCAAAAUGUGAAUUAUGAGAUCCCGUAUCAGAAAAAACAAGUGCAAAAAAUUCAGCACCAACUAGCAGAACUUGAGCGCAAGGAAGCUGAUAUUAAAAGAAACGCAGCUCUAUCAGCAUCUAAGUAUGUAGAGGCUUGUCAAGAGCUUGGUUUGCAGGGAAAAAAUGUGAGGUGUGAACUUUUAGAGACUGCAAAAUCACUUCCAAGAACAUUUAGCAGCAUUUUGGAAGUGUUAAACAGUGAUUCUGUGAUAAAGGCUAUGGAGUACUAUUCCAACUUUGCUAGGGAUAUCCAUACAGAAAAGGACAAAUCUGUGACUGUCUUGUUGAAUUUGAAGGACAUACGUGAACAUCCUCCAUCUCUGAAUGUGAUUGCUGACUCUGCGAACAUCCAAUCAAGCUAUGAUGAAUUAAACAGAGACACUGGUGUUAAUGUGGAUAAUAUUGAUUGGGAUAUUUCUGUUGAUAGUUCUCAGAUCGAUUGGGAUAUUGGUAUUGUAGAGGAAACUGAUGAUACUGGUAAUGGUUUAGGCCCUUAUGAAAUGGUGAAUGCCAGUGAGAUUCUUCAGGGUUCUUUGCCAAAUGAAGCAAUGAAAUCCAGUCAUGUCCCAUUAGAUAAAGUUGUUAAUCCUCCCCCAGAGAUAACUAUGUCGGAUAUAUCUUGGGAUAUUAGUGUUGAAACUCCUCAAGUGGAUGUAAUUGAUGAUUUUAGUUUGCCAAUUGUCGGGUCAGAAAGUCAUACAUAUGAAAAUUUAAUUCAAACAACUGAAACCAAGGAAGAAAGGAGCCAGCUUUUGGAGACAGAGUAUAGGAAUAAGAUUCUUGAUGAUCUGAAUGAGGUCAAAUCAUUCUUAAAUCAGCGAUUGGUUGAAUUAAAGAGUGAAGAAACUUUAUCUUUGCAACAUCAAGUGCAGGCUGUUGCUCCUUUUGUGCUGCAACAGUAUGCUCUUGACGCCAUUGAGACAAUGUUAUCUGCUGUUUCGUCGGCCAUUUCCUUGCUCACAAACAGGAAAACACGAGAUUUGAUCAUGAUUCUCAAUUCCAAAAGAUUUCUAGACAGAUUAGUCAGCACGUUAGAGGAAAAGAAGCAUCAUGAGGUGAAAUUGAAAGAGGGUUUGAAAGAUAUGGCUACAAAGCGCAUGGAGUUGCAAAAUUCACUAUCUUCCUCCUGGCCAAAGCAGGAGGCAGCUCUUAUAAAAACAAGGGAGUUGAAGAAGCUAUGUGAGAACACUCUUUCGUCCAUGUUUGAUGGAAGACCUGUUCAUAUUAUUGGAGAGAUAAAUACUCUCUUAACUAGUAGCCUUGGUGUGUAGCUAGGAAGAUUGUAACAAGACUGAAAUGAAGAAGUGGCAUUUUGUCACUUUGUAUACCUAACUCUUGGUGUAAUGCUCUAAUCGGCUUAGUGAAUUGGAUAUUGGAAUACGUUGUUUUUUAAUUGACGUACACAGAGAAGAUAUUUGAACCUGA